AGGAACAUGGUCUCAGUGUGUGCUUGCAACACUAUACUAAAGAUUGGAUUACACUAAACCCUCACAACGACUCUUAACGGCCCUCUUCAGCUCAUGUUCCACUCUGUGGAUUUCAUUUUAAAGAUGGAGGCCCUUCAGGUUUGCUCCAAGUUCACCACAGAAGAAGACCACUUCCAUCCCACGUACAAGUCAGCAUAACAGGAUGAGCUUUGUUUGUUCAUAUUAUGUGUAAAAGGUCACGUUCCUCCCUUGGGUGCUAUUACCUCUGCCCAUAUUGACACACAACUAGCAGCACAAAUCCACUCCUCACGCUUGAUUGUGAGACACACCAGAUUCCAGAGAUGGCGGUGGACUACACAGGGACAUGGAACAUGGUCCGCAACGUCAACUUUGAAGGAUACAUGCUUGCUCUUGGCAUUGAUUUUGCAACCCGCAAAAUGGCAGCCAUGCUGAAGCCUCAGAAGGUGAUUAAGCAAGACGGGGAUCAUUUCUCCAUCAGAACCCUCAGCACCUUCCGAAAUUAUGAAUGUGCUUUUAAAGUUGGGGAAGAGUACCAAGAGGAGACCAAAGGACUGGACAACCGUACAUGCCUGAGUGUGGUCAGCUGGCACCAUGACAAGCUGGUGUGUGUCCAGAGAGGAGAAAAGAAGAACAGAGGUUGGACUCACUGGAUUGAAGGAGAUCACUUGCAUUUGGAACUUACUUGUGAGGAUCAAGUCUGCAAGCAAGUUUAUAAAAGGACACUGUGACUCAAUUUAAACAUACAGUCAAUUUUAUGUAUUUCAACCCCGUACACUCAUAAUUUCAAACAUUGGCUAGUAUAGAAUAUUUUUUUAAAAAAG